AAUGGGAGGCAAAGCGAGAAUGCGGACGCUUUUGGCCGCCGGUGGAAACGAAGCAGGUGAUUCGUCUCUUUUAUUAAAUUGUCGCCAGUACCACAAAAAGAAAAGGAAAAGAACGGAAUUUCGAUUCCCAAUCUGCCCCUUGAAAUUCCUCGAAUUUUCUCCAAUCUUUCAAAAUUGUUCGGUCCGGCGGCGUUUCGCGGAAGCGAAGUUUCUCCGGAUCAAAUUCCAACCACUAUGUAAAAAAAAAAUUAAAUUUCAUAAUUUUGCAACUUUUUCUGAGAUUCCGAAGCCGACAAAUACCUUAGUAAAAUAUAAAAAAUGCUGUGUCGAAUGGUGCUUUUGCCACGGAAGAAGAAGACCGGAACGGUGCCGGUUUACUUGAAUGUCUACGAUUUGACUCCAAUCAAUGGUUAUGCUUAUUGGGUCGGUCUCGGAAUCUACCAUUCCGGUGUGCAAGUCCAUGGUGUGGAAUAUGGUUUUGGAGCACAUGACCUCCCAAGCGCAGGGAUCUUUGAGGUGGAACCUAGGCAAUGCCCUGGUUUCACUUUCAGAAAAUCAAUAUUGAUUGGAAGGACAGAUCUUGGUCCUAAAGAAGUUCGUUCAUUCAUGGAGAAGCUAGCUCAAGACUAUUCUGGGAACAGUUACCAUCUUAUCACCAAGAACUGCAACCACUUCUGCAAUGAUGUGUGUAACAAGCUGACUGGGAAAACAAUCCCUAGUUGGGUUAACCGUCUUGCUCGUUUAGGUUUUCUUUGCAACUGUGUUCUGCCUGCGGAAUUGAAUGAAACCAGAGUUCGUCAAGUUAAAUCACAAACUAACGGGCAAGAGGGAGAUAAGAAGAAAUUGAGAAGCCAUUCAAGUAGGUUAUUAUGUACUUCUUCUGCCCUACCUUCUCCUUCAUUGACACCCUGCUCCUCAGGUUCUGGUAGCAGAAGUAAUAGACAAAGAUGUCACCUUCCUCAGACACUGAUUCAUGACACUUCUACCUCAUCAUUAAGCUUGAAGCUUUAAUGGGAUCCAGUUUUUCAAACUUCUUUAGGCUGACAGAUUUUUCCUUUUUUUUUUUUUUUUUAAUAUCAACUAUAGAUGGGGCAAAAUUGCAAAUUUCAUUCUGCUCUGUCUUGUUAUCUGUUUUUUUUUUUUUUUCUUCGCUCCUCUUUUUCUACUGAUGCCUAAACAGCUGCUUGGAACUUGGAAGUUGACUAGUUGAUGCAGCAUUCUACUUGUAAAGAUAAUUGUUCUUAAGGAGUGAAAAGCCUUAUAUGACGUUCCCAUCGAUUGGCUUUCACUUUAUGUAUUAUAUGCGUCCCAUA